UGCAACCCACCAUUUUAUGAUUCUACGCUACCCAAUCCUUUUCAUGGCAACACAAGAAAUGAGGACAAGCGCACACCACCACAUAAUUGUCACACAGGUAAUGCUGAAGAGUUGGCUUGCGAAGGUGGAGAGGUGCAAUUUGUGCAACGAAUAAUUGAAGAGAGUGAAUUGCAUUCACAACGUGUUUGUGUUUAUACAUCAAUGUUGGGACACAAAAGCAGCGUUGGACGUAUUUUAGAAGUAUUGAAUAAAAAACAAAUCAAGAACUGCUCAACUACAGAAUUUUGCCAGGGUAAUACAACACGCUGGGGCAUAGCUUGGAGUUUUAGCACUGAUUUCAAUCUGAAGUCUAGUACAACACCAAAUGGAUGAACAAAAAAAAAUUAAUAAAACGUGUUGGAAGUUUAGUUAUUUCCGAAACGGCUAAGAAAUAAUGAGAAAAUGUAAUUGAAUUAAAAUUUAAGGGAGGAGAAUAAAUAUGCUGGAAUUCUUAUUUCCGUGUGCCAAUCCCGAUUUCUCCAAAUGCAA